CCCAGUUCCGUUACAUGUCUCUCCCGGUGAAGGCGGCGGGGGAGCGGCAGGAAGGAGGCGGGGGCGGCCGGUCCGGGCUCAGGACACCCAACGCGCGGCCGACCCAGAGGAGAAGGCGCUGUCGGCGGCGGCCCGGCGCGGCCGGGGGAGGAGCGGGCAGCCCCGGAGGGCCGGGCAGGGCUGGGCAGAGCCGAGCCUCCAGGCUCUGCGCCGCCGGCCGCGCCGCCCCCCGCGGGGCUGAGGAGGAGCCGGCUGCCGCUGGGGUGCCCGGGGAGCUGCUGCGGGCCGGGCGCCGAGCGCAGCUGAUUUGGCAGCAGCAAAGCCCACACCUGUGCCCAGAGCCUGCCCUGAGCCCACUGCAUGAACAGAGCCCUCUGCUCAUCUUCACCUGCAGCUGCUGAGAGCAGCCUGCUGAACCAUCUCCAGUAGAGCUGCAAGGAUGACCUGAGAGAUCUGCAUUCAUGGCUUCUGGGUGAUCUGGUGAACCAUGGAGCUCAAAGUAUGGGUGGAUGGAGUCCAGAGGAUCGUGUGUGGGGUCACAGAAGUCACAACAUGCCAGGAGGUGGUGAUAGCCCUGGCUCAGGCUAUUGGCCGCACCGGGCGCUACGCGCUGAUCGAGAAGUGGCGGGACAGCGAGCGGCACCUGGCGCCCGGCGAGAACCCCAUCGUGUCGCUCAACAAGUGGGGCCAGUACGCCAGCGACGUGCAGCUGAUUCUGCGCCGCACCGGGCCGUCCCUCAGCGAGCGGCCCACCUCCGACGGCGGGGCCCGCGUCCCCGAGCGGACGCUGUACCGGCAGAGCCUGCCGCCCCUGGCCAAGCUGCGGGCCCCCGGCGAUAAAGCCAUCAAGAGGAGGGAGCCCAAGCGCAAGUCCCUCACCUUCACCGGCGGGGCCAAGGGCCUGAUGGACAUCUUCGGGAAGAGCAAGGAGACCGAGUUCAAGCAGAAGGUGCUCAGCAGCUGCAGGGCCACGGCCGAUGAGCUGAAGAAGCUGAUCCAGCUGCAGAGCGAGAGGCUGCAGGGCAUCGAGAGGCAGCUGGAAACCAACGAGGCCGAGAUCCGCUACUGGGAGCAGAAGUACAACGCCAGCGUGGAGGAGGAGAUCCUCAAGCUGGAGCAGGAGAUCAAAAGGAAUGAGGUAGAGAUCGAAGAGGAGGAGUUCUGGGAGAACGAGCUGCAGAUCGAGCAGGAGAACGAGAAGCAGCUGAAGGAGCAGCUGCAGGAGAUGCGGCAGAGGAUCCUGGAGUGUGAGGGCAAGCUGAAGGACUACCUGUCUCAGAUCCACAGCAUGGAGAACGGCCUGGAGGCAGAGAAGCUGCAGCGGGAGGUUCAGGAGUCCCAGGUGAACGAGGAGGAGGUGAAGGAGAAGAUCGAGAAGGUGAAGGGUGAAAUUGACAUGCAGGGCCAGCAGAGCCUGAGGCUGGAGAAUGGCAUCAAGGCUGUGGAGAGGUCUCUGGGCCAAGCUACCAAACGGCUACAGGACCGGGAACAAGAGCUGGAGCAGCUGACGAAGGAGCUGCGCCAGGUCAACCUGCAGCAGUUCAUCCAGCAGACAGGAACCAAGGUUACAGUGCUGCCAGCAGACCCCGUGGAGGUGGAGGCCUCACACAUGGAGCUCAAGAGAGAGCCUCCGUUCCAGUCGGGCUCGCUGAAGCGCCCGGGCUCCUCGCGGCAGCUGCCCAGCAACCUGCGCAUCCUACAGAACCCCUUGGCCUCUGGCUUCAACCCAGAGGGCAUCUACGUAUGACAGUGCUUGCCUCUGCUGCCGAGGACCUCCCCAGGCACCCCGGACAGGACACUCUUGUUUUACUCUGCCAAUGACCGAGGGAAGAAGAUUCUUCUUUUCUGUUAAGCCACCAUUUUUAUUUUCGUUUUCUCUUCUUCCCCCACCACACCACUUGGAGCCAUACCCUGUGCACUGAUGCUAAAGAGACAGAGCAGCUGUCUCCAUCCACGGCUGGCAAGGAUCAACUGGCUGCUAGCAGAGCCAGUGCUGCUGCCUGCCCUGGGUUUUCCACUGGGGCAGCAUUUGGGAGAGCGUCGAUGCUUGUGUGGGCACAAAGAGAAGCGUAGAGGCGAAGGAAGCCAGGUGUGAAGUGCUCUGAGGUUUAAUUUAUUCCCUGGAAGCAGUGGACAUGUGAGUGUUGACCUUUUCUACCUUUACUUUCCACGUGUGGCUCGUCACCUCUGGCUGCAGGUCAGGCUGAUGAGGUGAGUGCAGCUUGCCUGUGCACACAGCCACCCUUUGGCAGCGCAGAGUGCAGCAGAGCACUGAACCUGUCAGCACUGCCCACGGGCCAUUGUCUGUCCUCUUCCACCCACCGCUGCCUUGAGAGGCUUGAGAAGCAAGCUUGUGGGGUUUCCUGCCCUUGGAUCUGCCUUGAGGGAAGCAGCUGGUGUUGAGGAAGCCUGUGGGGCUGGCAGCACGGGACUGAGGAUGCACUGGCUAGAUGGUAUUUUAUUACAGAGAAUGUAUAUUGCAGAUAUUUUGCCACGUUGUGUAUGCCUUUGGAGAGAAGAACCCCAUCAGAAGUGUCUUCGUGUCUGUCUCACCGAAGGAGAGUGAGGAGGCUUUGGUCAUUUGUACUCUCCUUCCCCUCAGCCGUUGCAGUGUUCUUGCUUUGCAGUAAAUCUUGCUGUUGGAGGAGGAAAACCUCACAGGACAGAGGAGCACCUUCCAGCUCCCCAGAACUCACUCCAGCGUUGUGGAAGGAAGAAGCCUGGCAGAGCCCUGUGCAGUUACUGGCAGGGCUCCUGCUGACUUGAGUGGGGCCAGGAUUUCAUUCCAGGUGCCAUGGCAGAGGUUUCUCCUCCUGGGGAGGUGCUGCUGCUCGGUCCCUUCCAGAGCAGAAAGCUCACAGACAGGGAGUGCAGGUGCUGGGCAGGGGUAUGUUAUCCUUUCCUGAUGCUGGUGCCUGGGAGCUAGGCAAGGACUGGACAAAACAGUUUCCAGACAGAAAGAGGCUACCAAGUAGCAUGUUGGUUGCAGGCCCUGAAAUGAGAGCCCAAGGGGACACCAGGUCUGUGGAGAGAGGGAGUGGCAUCAGUGGGACCCUUCAUGUGGCCUCAGAUGAGUUAGAGAAGGGAUGGGCCUCGUCUGCCCCUAGAUUUCCUGCCCUAGCAGCAGCUCCUGCCAUCAGCCCCACCUCAGGGCUCCUGCUCUCUCUGUCAGUCCCUGGAAGGAUGACAGAACUCCUGAUCCCUUUGGUCAGGAUCUUACCUCUGGUAAGAAGCUGCAGGCUCUUUGACACAAAAGAAUCCUGACUGCUGAAUUCUUGCCAUCCUCUGGCAUGGAUUUGCUGACAUGCAGCUGAAAUGUUAACUUCAGGUUCCUUUUUUGUUGUUUAAAAAAGGAGCUUCCUGAGCAAUGCAAGUUUGAGUGAGAAGAUGAAGGACUCCUGAGUGUUUAAUGCUUCCUUUUCCCCCUUUCCACUUAGUAAUGGCAUCAUAUAUUCCAAAAGUGCUGCUGUGCUUAGACUGACAGCAACAGACCAGGCUGUGAACAGAGGAAAGACCUUUUCAGGUGGACUCUGAGUUUUUAACUUAUCAGAUCUCUUUUUUUCUUUUGGUCCCUUUGUGAGCAGCCCAGAGGAUGGGAUGUUCCUACCCUGGGACCUCUGCACUGCUCAGAUUUUAUUGUUAGUCCCUCACAGUCCCAUGCUCACAGUUCCUGUGCCCCUCACUUUGUAUGAAAUAAAGCCAGAAUGUGUGUAUAUAAAAUAUAUAUUAAAAGAGGAGCAGACAGCCCCAGUCUGGGGACCAUGAUGUGUCCGAGGUGCUCAAGCGUCUGUGCCUUACACUCUGGGCUUGGUCUGCAGAAGCAGAGUGGCCCUCUCUAGUGGCUGUCUUGCAUCCUCAGCGCCUCUUGAUGCGAAGAGAACCGAGGCACUCGGCGCCUCGCUGAGUCUGGCCCAGAUUAUGCUGCAUGGGGCUGCGGGGGGAGCGCCUGGGGCAGUUUCAGCCUUGUCCUGAGAGAAGUGUUUCUGAGGCAGAUCAGUAUCACUCCCCUGGUCCUGUCAUGCUUUGUGGUUGGUCCAUCUCCCACAGGUGUCAGCUGGGCUGGGCUCUUGCAUCAUAAAAACUUCCCUCUUCCUCUGCCAAGGUAGUCACAGAGGGAGGGAGGAGGAAGAGGAUUGACAGGAAGGGUAGAGCUGUUCUUGAGGGCUCAGAAUUAAGGCAGCACUUCACCACCAAAGUCCAAAAGCAGCCCCUGCUGCCUGCAGCAGCUGUUGGGCAGGGGGAGCAGCCUGGGACCCAGCUUGUUUGCGCUGCCGAUGCUGUGCUGCUGAGGCUGCGGCGGGGGCUUGGCCAGUUGAGAAGCCAGCAGGUUGGGGUGAAGGGGACAUCCUGGAUGGCAGAGUGAGGGAGAAGCCCAAGUCCUGCUCUUGACAAGCCAGCCAAGGACCUGCUUCUGUUACCUUUUGGUGGGACUCAGGUUCCCAAGUGCCUGAAUCGCUUCUGGAAGUGGUGUCCUACCUCGGGACUGAGCCUAGCAGGGCAGAAGGAAGUUCCUGGAGCACUCCCAUGGCAUUAGCAAUUUGCAGAGCUGCUCUCCAGGUGAGCUGAGAGGGAAGAGAGGCUUCAGGGAAACACAAAGCCCUCCAGCGGGGCGGCGAUUGCCUUGUCUGCAGCCUGAGGAGCACUGCGUUGUUUUAGUGACCUGGGGUCCUACUAGCAAAGGGUUUGAGCUCUUCCUCUGCAGCCUGGGACCUUGAGGCACCAAUUCCUGGCGUACAUGAGCUCAGCGAGCUGUGCCUCAGAGGCCCCUGCCCAGGGCAGAGGGCAGCACAGCCUCGGCUGCUCUACACUGCAGCAAGUGCCCAAAGGGAGACCACUCCAGACUCCCUUGAGGGGCUGUCUGGGGAGUGUGGUUGGGUGGGCCUUUGGGUGGGCUGAGGAGUUAGUGUUUGGGGGAGUUGGGGGUUUUGUUUGUUGGGGGCUGUUAGGUUUUUGUUUGGGGUUGUCUGGGGGUGGCUGUGUUAGAGCCUUGCGCCGCGCAUGUUUGUUCUCUCUGCUGCAGUAUUGGAAUGCCUUGGGUGAAGGCCAGGGGGGUGUGCAGAUGACAAAACAACCUUUCUGCCUAUUUAUUCACUACUGCUGCUUCCACUUUUCCAAAUAAAGCUUUCAGUGCCAAGAGA